UCCUGCCCCAGUCUGGCAGCAGAGCAGAUCUCUGCCUUCUGCAGGGGUUUCACAGGCUCCUCCACACUGCCUCCAUCCCAAUUCUGAGAGCAAAAGUUUUGAACCUCAGCUACUUUGGAUGUUCCUCCUACAGCAUUCCACAGCUGGAGAUCCCAGUGUGUUUUUCUAGGAUCACAUUCUAUCUGUCAACAAACCAAAAGCCAUUCUGGUGGACCAGGUCAUCCGGUCUUAAACAAGAAAAGGAUUAGGAAACAUUUCCCCCAGCAUAACUGUGUUGUGCACUCGAUUCUGUCUCUGUUCAGAGAGGCAGAAUUAGCGUGUUGUCAAAUACAGCUCAGGGAUGAGUUGUAAAUCUAACAAGCUGCAAAUCAGAAAAUCUAACAAGCUGCAAAUCAAAAAAAAGAAGGACAGUCUUUUAACAUAAAAUACAGCACUACUUCAUUAGCAAAACAGAAACUAGUUCAACAGUGGAGACUUGAGUGUGGAGACUGUGUAGGAUGUGUCACCAACUCAAUCACUUCUCUGUCUCCCGACACUCACCGCAAAGUGAAGAAAACUGUCUCAGGUCAGGAAUGCCAGAGGAGGCUGAGAUGAGCGAUUGGGAUGGGAGUUUGGGACAAGAGCAGUGUGGAAUGAGCUGGGCAGAACAGAGCCCGGAGCCACACGGGCACCAGAGGUGGCACAGGCAGCCUCUGCCCAGUGCACAGCCCCAGGGCGGCCCGGCCCGGCCGAGCCCCGGGGCCCAGCGCGGCCUCACAGCCAAGGGGGACAGACAGGGCCGCGGCAGAGACACAAACACCAGCACAGCGUGAGGCAACACAGCCGUGUCACGUCCUCCUCUGCCGGUUUUAUUGUCAGGAAGCGACCUGCGACACUGGAGAGCCGGGCUGGGAGCAUGAGGGGAACCGCAGCGCUUAAAGGCAAACAAACACCAACAGCGAGCGCUCCCCCGCGCUCUCCUUCCCGAAGCCCUGCCUGGGGCUGCUCCGCCGGGCUGGGCCGCGGCCGGGAGCCUUGCUCCAGCGGCGGGGCCGGGCGGGAGCGGGGCCGGGAGCAGGACGGGGGCUGAGCCGUGGCCAGGAGCGGGUCCUGGGGCUGGGCCGCAGCAGAGAGCGGACACCGGGCGGGUCCCGUGGCCAAGCCCUGCCCGUGGCUCGCUGCCCGGCUCAGCCCCGCCCGGGGCGGCGCUGCCCCGUGGCCCUGUAUGCAAGCGAUACCGCUAUGUGAUGAGCGGGGCUAGCGCAGCUGCCGGGGGACCCCGGGGGUGGGGGAAGGGACGGAGAGGACCAGAAGGCCCGGGGGGGGACACGAAGAGAGCGCGGGGACGGGAGGACAUGGGGGAGGGACACGGGGGGCUACACGGGAUAGGGGCGUCCCGAGUGGACGGGGAGGAGAUGGGAGUCUCCGGGGACGCAGGUGCACCGGGGAAAUCGAGGCGCACGGAGGCGCUUCGGGGGCACCGCGAGGGUGCAGCGGGGCCCGCAGCCGGGCUGCCCCCGCCCCGCCCCGUCCGCACCGGAGCCCCGAAGCCCAGGCCCGGCGCCCCGUGCCGCCGCUCGCCGGCCCGGCAGCGCGACUCACCGAGUGACCGGGCACGGGUACGGGCACCACCACCUGCAGCGCCCGCUCGUCCCGCCGCUCCGCCGACUCCCGCCCGGACAAGUUGCGUUUCUCCGACGAGCUGCCAACUUUCGUUUUCACAGGAACGGUCCCCACCCAGCCCCAGACCACCCCGGCCAACCCCGGCCCCGGCCGCCCCACCGCUCCCGGCCGGGGUCCCUCCCCGGUACCCCCCGAGCAUCCCAUCAGCCUGGUGCAGGAACCCCGGCCCUCGCAGGGGCGCAGGCAGCAGCGGCGAGGGCAGGUGUGUUGGAGAAGAGCCCUUUGUGCUGGUCCCGACAACCAAAAGCGGAUUCCGCAGUCAAAAGUGGGGGCACAGCUGGUGCCCCAUCCCGGAUCCGACCGGUACCGAGACGAAUACGGGCUCCCAGCAGCCCUGCCCUCCACCAGUGCUCACACAGGUUUGAGCACACACAUAUUCCUAAACAACCAGUCCAUUUUAACCCCGUGCCCCGCUUUUCCCCCUUCCGGCAUACCACCGCUCAGUGCACUCCAGGGCAGGACCCAGAAUCCCGGCAGGUGUGUGGCUCCCGGGCACCUGUGCCGCCCUUCCAGCACCUCCGGCAGCAGCAGCUGUGCAGAACGUGCCCUCGGGCUAGGCUCACUCGCACUGCCCCAGCUCGCUUUCGGUUUCUUUUCCACAGCACACGCAGCAGCACUCAAAAGAUAACUCCCCUUCCCACAAAAAGUAAAAAGCUUUUCCUCAGGAUGGCAGAGAUCAUAUUGACUCAUUAGCAGUUUCUGGUUUAUUACACCCUCGAUGUCCCAAGGACUGUUCAGGGAAACUGAAUUCACCAUCCUCUCCAGCCCCACCAGGUGCUGUCCCCAUCGCACAGCCUGGUGGCACCGUGCCUGUCCCCUCGGCAGGGCCCAGGCCAGGGGCUGCACCCCAGGGUGACAGCUCAUCCCUGACCCAUGGCAGUGUUUGACACAACACCCCACAGACAAGAUAAGAAAGGUAGGGAUAAAUAAGGAUAAAAAUCAGUAACCCAUACAAUCCCAGAUGUUUUCCCUCUCCUCAGCUGGAAGCUGAGCCCCUGUGUCUGCUUGGAGGGCAGCACAGCAGCCCUGAAAUGGCUUUGAGAGCUCACCAAGCGUCACCACUGGAGCAGCCCAGAACACGAAAAAGAUCCAGAAUUAAAUAGUUGUUUAAAAAAUGUCAGCAGCUCUCUGUAGGAAGGAUGGCUUUGCAUUGGUCACUGUGACAAGGAACAGUUUUGUCCCACUGUUGGGCUGGCACUGCUCUGUCCAUCUUGGUGUGGGACAUGGGACAGUUCAUCCCCAUACCUGGGAUGGGGCAGUGGCUCUCACGGAGUGUGUUGGUGUCACUGGGGUGGCACAGGACAUUCAGCCCAAACUGGUCUCACUGGAUGAGCCCAGUGCUCUCAGCAGUGCUGGCAAAGGGCUCUGCCCUGCUGCCCCGCAGCUCUGCUCCCCUGCACUGCUCUGGGACAGGAGGGGAGAAGCAGAGUCAAAUCAAGGCUCAUGUCCUGGCUCUGCCUAGGACAGAGGAAGUUUUCUUCCCAGGAGUGGGUUCAGAGCUGUGUUUGAGUUCAGGAUGAGGCUGCUGUUGAUAACAGUGUAAUAUAUGAAUUGGAAUAAUUCGUGCUUAUGUGAAAUAUAUGAGAAAUAUAAGAGAAAGAAGUUGUGCUUGUAAGAUGCUUGUAAGAAAUACAAGUUUUAAAUCCACAUGCCAGAGCUGGGGAGAUUGCUUGACAAAAUUGUGAAACCACAGGUGGCGUGCAGUCCAAUGCCAGGUUCCUGUAACUUGACAUCAGCAUUCGUGCAUUCCAAUGCCGGGUUCCUGUAACUUGGCGUCAGCAUUCAUCACUUACUGGAAACUGUUUUGUCCAGCCCGACGCAGAGAAAGGAGACUACAAGAAUAUGUGAAGCCAUGAAAAGAAGAGACUCUGCCCCAGGCUGAAUAAACUGUAUAAAAACCACCUGGACAGGGACAGCCUUCAUGAACAGAGGGGAUCCAAAGCAGUAGAGUUCAGAUCAGAGUUCACCCAGCGCCGAUCCUGGGCUCAACACUGUCCCUUUGAUUGUGCCUA